GAUUCUUUCCACCCUCCACAUUAGCUACUACUCCCACCUCUACACCUGCUACACCUUCUACAUCGAAGCCACCUCCUAUUUUUGUUUCUAAGUUGAGGGAUACUAUCCAGGAGAUAGGGAGUAGUGAGGCUGAGGAGGACGACGAUGUUGAAUCUGGUUUAAAGGAUGAGGGUGCCUUUGAUUAA